UCUUCUUCAAAAACUAGAUCAGACAGACCCCUUGAUCUAACAUUCCCCAACAAAGGCACAAAUGGAGAGACACAUUGAGAAUUUCCUGCACAAACUCUCAAUAAUAUGCAUAAUAAUCUCAACAAUACUCCUCCUCCAUCUAUACUUCCAAACCCCCGCCACGUGCGUCUCCCCCACCACACCCAUCACAAAGCCCCACCUCAAAUUCCCCACCUCAACCUGCGACCCCUCCCUCCUCCACCAGCGCCCCCACCUGCCCCUCUCCAAGAAGAAUCAACGCCUCUGGUCAUCCCACUCCUGGCUCACCCAGCUCUCCUCCUACACCGCAUUCUUCACCGCUCUCCAAACCCUCAACCUCCUCCACAACCACUCCAAAGUCAUCUGCGUCUCCGCCGGCGCCGGCCAAGAAGUCAUGGCUUUGAACGAACUGGGUGUGGCUGAUGUGACCGGUGUCGAGGUUGUUGAUGCUCUGCCUCUUGUGAAGAAAGCUGAUCCUAGUAACUUGCCGUUUUUCGAUGGGGUUUUCGAUGUGGGGUUUAGCUCUAAGGUGAUGGUGAGUUUGUUUCCUUUGAGAUUUGUUGGGGAGAUGGAGAGGAGUGUUCGGGUUGGUGGGGUUUGUGUUUUGGUUGUUGAGGAGUGUGGGGAGAGUGAUGUGAGGGAGAUUGUUGGGUUGUUUGGGAAGUCUAGGUUUGUUGGUGCUCAGAAUGUUAGUUUGAUUGGGACUAGAAUGACGAGGAUUAUAAUGCGAGUUGUUGGCGUUUCUUCGUCUUCUUCUACGUCGCCAUGAAUUAUUUGGAGGGAGUCAUGUACAUGUUACCAGAGGUGGAUGAAAGGAAUGAUGAUUAUGGUAAGAGUCAAAGUCCAACAUAGUGAUAUUCAAGUGAUUCUUGUAACGAGCGAAGUCAUGGAAAAUUGGAGGGAAAACAAACUAAUAAUAACACAACUGCUUAUGGUCCAUUCAAAUCUGAGAUUCAAGCAAAGAUCUUUCCAUGUAAAUUAACAUAGUAACAUGAUGAUUAAAAUACUCCAAAAGAAACUAAAAGUUUUGGUAUGCGAAGCAGAUUCCUUUCUAUUUUCAAGUGUACAAUUUUGACAUCAUGAAGAUCAAUGCUGGCCUCCAAAUUUUCCGCCUUGUCAUGGACAGUUAUGUGUAUUAAGGUUUGAUGGUAGCUCAGAUAGUGGCUGCUAGUUUGAUGGAACCAUUAAAUCUGGUCAAGACUCAUGGAUUUAUUGUUACCGUCACAAUACCAACAAUGAUAACGAUUUUUAUAUAACAAAGGAGCUUCAAGCUAAGAAUCUGCUGAGUAUAUAAUUCCACUUUUAUAUACUUGCAGCUUUAUGGUUCUUUUAUUUGAUUUCAAUCUUAAUGGUAUUUGUUCUAGCAAUAUCAGUUGUGAUUGCAAGCCUACUGUUACUAGAGUUGGUAAGAUCGAUUACCAAAAAUUGACCCUUAAAGACGAGGGUUUUUAAUUAGAAUGUACCAGUAAGUGAGUAAAUAAUAUUUGUAGAAGCUGAUGGCUGAAGUAUGAAAAAUUCCAGAUAUUAAAGUUAGAGUUAGACGAGCAGUAUCACUGUAUCAGGGAUGUGAAUGUAGAUAUAGUUGUUAGUCGGCUACCUUCAUGAAAUGAGGAGUUUAUCUGUGUUUGAGUUGCUAGGAUCAGUUCCAUGCAUGCAGGAUGUGAUCAUUCUCUUGUACAGAUAGAUUGUUUGAUCAAUUACAAUUUUUUUUCUCCCUCUCUUUUCUCUCUCCCCCUUAUUAUACUAAUGUUGAGAAGUCAGUAGAUGAAAGUACUU